CGCCUGCUCCCAGCCAUGGUGGCCUGGCGUACUGCUUUCCUCAUUUGCUUCGUUUUCUCCUUGGCCACCCUGGUCCAGAGAGGAUAUGGAGACUUGGAUGAUUUUAAUCUGGAGGAUGCACUGAAAGAAACUUCCUCAGUAAAGCAGAGAUGGGACCACUUCAGCAUCACAACUAGAAGGCCGGGAACGACCAGAGCCCCAGCAAAUCCAGCAGGAAGUAAUUUUGACUUGACUGAUGCAUUAGCUGAUGGAGAUGAUGGGCGCCGAAAACCAGGUACAGGAGGAAGAGAGAGAUGGGACCAUGUCACCACUACCACAACUAGAAGGCCAGGAACAACUAGAGCACCAUCAAAUCCCAUGGAACCAGAUGGUUUUAACUUGGAGGAUGCCUUGGAUGAUCAAAAUGAUCUUGAUGACCGCAAAAAACCAAGUGUAGGAGAAGGAGGAGGUUUUUCAGACAGGGAUCUUGAGGACAUACUGGGAGGUGGAGGAUACAAACCUGAUAAGAAUAAAGGUGGUGGCGGUUAUGGCAGCACUGAUGACCCUGGAUCUGGCAUGUCGACAGAAACUGGCAGCAUUGCGGGUGUGGCCAGUGCCCUGGCCAUGGCCCUGAUUGGAGCUGUAUCCAGCUAUAUCUCCUACCAGCAGAAGAAGUUUUGCUUUAGCAUUCAGCCAGAAGGGCAAGAGGGCCUCAAUGCAGACUACGUGAAGGGGGAAAACCUGGAAGCCGUUGUGUGUGAGGAACCCCAAGUGACAUACUCCAAACAAGAAACACAGUCUGCAGAGCCUCCACCACCUGAGGCACCCCGGAUCUGAGGCCCUGUUCAGUGGCAGGUGCACAGGAAGGGUGCCACCGCUUGGGACCCAGCUCCAGAUUUCAUUUGCUGACCUUUUCCUCAAGUUUCUUCUCAUGCCACUGGCUUCUUAUUGUACUGAAUUUUCUGUACAAACAAACCUUAGGUGUUUGUGAGUGUCGUUUCUGUGCCCUGUCCUGCAGAGUAUGGUGACUCCGAAGAGACUUGGUGCUGAGACCUAAGACCUGCCUUGAGCAGAUCACGAGCAUUACAAGUUGCUGGGUCAAAGAGACAGCCUGUUCCAGCCUUAGCAUGGGAAGAAGGAGGGAGACCAAGGUGAGGGUGUCCCAGAGGAUGGUGGAGACAGUGCUGAAGGAGAACAUUUCUGCGUAAGCAAUCCCUAGGUCCUAUGAGACUCUUCAUCUAGAAUGCCGGAGGCCUUGCUGGGACACUGGCCACUAAAAGCUGUGAGCAGGUUGCUCAGCUAGCGUCUGGUACAAGUGGAGCCUCUGCAAGAAGCAGAUCGGCCAGCACCAAGUGCACCACACACACACACACACACACACACACACACACACAC